UGUGCUGUCGUCACGAGAAGUCAUUUGCAUCAUUGAGCUGAUUGGUCACCGUGGUCACGUGACUGGCCAGGAAACGCAGCGAUGGAGGAAAGCUAAGGAAGGACUCUGGCGUGGCUCUCUCUUCCCAGCGUGAUUGUGGAAUGGCAGCAGUCUGGCAGCAGGUGUUGGCAGUGGACGCAAGGUACAAUGCUUACCGCACGCCUACGUUCCCACAGUUUCGAACUCAGUACAUCCGCAGACGCAGCCAGCUGCUCAGAGAGAACGCCAAGGGUGGCUUUGAGCCAGGUCUGCGCAGGCAGUACCUGAGGCUGCGCAGCCAGCUGUUGGCCCUGCGCUACGGGCCCCUGUCCGAGCAGAGCAGCUUCAGGGCCAGCAGUGUGCGCAGCUCCAGAACCACACUGGACCGCAUGGAGGACUUUGAGGAGGAUCCUCGCGCCCAGGGGGCUCGUGGCCACCGCCGCUCUGUCAGCAGGGGCUCCUAUCAGCUACAGGCCCAGAUGAACAGAGCAGUUUAUGAUGAGAGGCCUCCGGGCAGUCUGGUGCCCACCUCGGUUGCAGAGGCCAGUCGUGCCAUGGCAGGGGACACAACGCUCAGUGAAAAUUAUGCUUUUGCUGGCAUGCACCACAUAUUUGAUCAACAUGUUGACUCUGCUGUUCCACGGUUACAGUUUGCUAAUGAUGAUAAGCACCUCCUUGCCUGCUGCUCAUUGGAUGGCACCCUGUCCAUCAUGACACUGUCCCCACCUCCUCCCAGUGUGAAGGUGAUCCUGAAAGGACACGGGGGUCCCGUCACAGACUUCGCCUGGUCGCUGAGCAACGACAUCAUUGUGUCUACAUCAUUAGAUGGGACUCUUCGCAUCUGGAACACGGAAGACGGUCGGUGUAUUCGGGAAGUCCGAGACCCAGAAUCCAGCGAGCUGCUCUGCUGCACCUUCCAGCCAAUGAACAACAACCUUACGGUGGUGGGGAACAGCAAGCACCACCUGCAGGUGGUUAACAUCUCCACUGGGAAGAAGGUGAAGGGGGGCUCCAGUAAGCUGACAGGCUGCGUGCUGUCUCUCUCCUUUGAUGCUCCGGGGAGGAUCCUGUGGGCUGGAGAUGACAGGGGGAGCAUCUUUUCCUUCCUCUUCGACAUGGCGACAGGGAAGCUUACCAAGGCCAAGCGACUGGUGGUGAAUGAAGGCAGCUCCAUCUGCAGCAUAUCUGCUCGGUCCUGGAUCAGCCGGGAGGCCAGAGACCCGUCGCUGCUGGUCAACGCCUGCUCCAACAAGCUGCUUCUGUACAGGGUGGUAGACAACGAAGGAACACUCCAGCUGAAGAGAAGCUUCCCCAUCCAACAUGGAUCUCAGCACAUUCACAGCAUUUUCUGCCCCCUCAUGUCUUUCAGACAAGGGGCCUGCGUGGUGACUGGCAGCGAGGACACCUGUGUCUACUUCUUCGAUGUGGAACGCAACACCAAGGCCAUCGUCAACAAGCUGCAGGGGCACGGAGGGCCGGUUUUAGAUGUGAGUUUUAAUUGUGACGAGAGUCUGCUGGCAUCGGCUGAUUCCACUGGCAUGGUCAUCAUCUGGAGGCGCGAGCAGAAGUGAGCGGUCCGCCAACAGGAAGCCUCCACCUAUAUGCAUAUUUAAAGGCCUGCUGCUCUUUAACCAUCUGUAGAUCUCCACUGGAACGUAACGGGCUGUUUAUUGUUGUGAUCACGUGCAAUCAACUAGAACAUCAUCUUGUGUAGGUGAUACUGAUGAAAGGAUGGGGUGAGAGGCGGGUUGUGUGUGCACGUCAGUCCUCCUACAGCUGAGAAGUGGCGUUUUAGAAAAAGCUCUACAGUCACGUAUGCGUCGUGGCUUUCCUCCAGCUAGUGUGAAUGUGAGGAUGCAGCGUAACCUCACCGAGGAGCACACACACGCUGUGUAUCGCACCGACGUUCCCUCUGGCAUUGCUCUAGUUCACUAUUUAUGUAACUCUUAUUCAAGCGGUGUAAUCAAGUGUUGUGAAACAGCCCUGUUUGCUCUCUGCUGCCUGUUUACAUUUGAGAUUCUGUGCAUGAACCUGAAAUUUGAGUCCGUCACAAAGGCAUCCCGCCACUUCUCCGUGUUUGUACAUGUGUGCCCUGUCGAUGCUGUUUGCAGAUCCUGUAAUUUAUUUAACACUAAUAAACUGCUGUGAUUGUC